CCCCUGUGGUGUGGUCAACGCCGUCAACGCCGUUCAAGACUCCUCAAGAUGCCGUUCGUGAAGAAGGUCAAGUCAGAUGCUUACUUCUCUCGCUUUCAAGUGAAGUACCGCCGCCGCAGGGAGGGAAAAACCGACUACUAUGCCCGCAAACGCCUGGUCACACAGGCUAAGAACAAAUACAAUGCGCCCAAGUACCGUCUAGUUGUACGCUUCUCGAACAAGGCCGUUACUUGUCAAAUCAUCUACGCCCGCCUCCAGGGUGAUUUCGUCCUCUGUGCCGCGCGCUCGACAGAGCUCCCUCGAUACGGCAUCAACCACGGCUUGACCAACUGGACUGCCGCUUACGCCACUGGUCUCCUGUGCGCUCGUCGGGCUCUGGCCAAGCUUGGUCUCGCCGAUAAGUAUGAGGGUGUUGCCGAACCUGAUGGCACCCUUCAGCUCACCGAGGAGCUGGAUGAUGAAGAUGCCCCACGCCCCUUCAAAUGUUACCUUGAUGUCGGUCUCAAACGCACCUCCACCGGACACCGUGUGUUCGGUGCAAUGAAGGGCGCCAGCGAUGGUGGCCUCUUCAUCCCCCAUUCUGAAAAGCGUUUCCCUGGCUAUGACCCAGAGUCCAAGGAGCUUGACGCUGAGGUCCUGAAAAAGUACAUCUUCGGUGGCCACAUCGCUGAGUACAUGGAAUCGUUGGAGGAGGAAGAUGACGAGCGCUUUAAGAAGCAGUUUGCUUCUUACCUUGCCGAUGGCGUUGGCUCGGAUGACAUGGAGGAGAUCUACACCAACGCAUAUGCCGCUAUUCGUGAAGAUCCUUCCUUCAAGCCUACAGACAAGACGACGGACUGGAAGGCGGAAUCCCUCAAGCACAAGACGCCGAGACGCACGUAUGAGGAGCGCAAGGCCGCCAUCCAGGCUAAAAUCGAGGCUUUCCAGGCCACCGGUGGAGCGAUGGACGAGGAUGAGGAUGAAGAGUAGACGCUCUAAACCCUCGCAUGCUUUUACCUUUCAUGCAUCAACUAAAACUAGGUUAUUAUACAACCAAUCUAUGAUGCAUACGCUUUCUACUCUGCUUUGUGUGAACGAUGAUAAUGCCAUUAGCUUUGGGUUAUGGAGUUCUCCA